AAAUUUUGCCCGCCAUCUUGUUUGUUGUUAGUUUUCGGUGUAGGGCAAGUUGUGGUAUAGGGAAGUCGUUAGAUACUUUGGAUCGCUACUAGCGAACGUAACGUUAAGGAUGGAGUCUCGCUUUGCAUUCCUGCACCAGCGGGACAGCAGUGUGUCGAUGCUGAGGGUGAAGAUGUCCCGCCGGCGGUCCCAGUCCCAGAAGGAGAACCGGAGGAAAGUUCAUAACCUUCGCAGGCAAUUAGAAGGCCUGCCAGAACAGGAUGCGUCCAUACUGGAUCAGUCAGUUGCUGUUUUCGAAGUGAAGGUGGCACCAGCCAAAGCAGUAACAACAGACAUUGACAAUGCAGUAGAGGAGAGGAAAAAGAUGCUCAUUCGGUACAAGGAAGCCAAGGAACUCCAGAAAGAAAAAGAGCGACGGGACAAGGAAAAGAAAGGCGUGUUCAAAUGUGGCCUCUACCAGCAGAGGCAACCUGUGUUUGCCAACACUAAAGUCCCUGGUAAAGCAAAAAACCCUGAGCCUGUGCUGUCCACGCGGGUCACUCGCUCUAUGAGGCAGCCGCAGCAGACUCCCCUCCAGCCGUUGCAGCAGAAGACUGUAACACAGAAAUCUGCUCCAAAGAAAGAGGCAGUAGUGAGGAGGCCUCUUAGUACCAGGGGGCAGACAAGGAUUCCUCCGCCUAAAGCUACAACAGUUGAACCAAUCACAAGAACCACUAGGCCAACAAGAGGAGCAGCAGCCAAGCCUUUGUCAGAUGCAAAAACUGGCAAUUCUAAAACAAAACCCAUGAUGAAGCAGCAGAAAGCGCCACCUGCUGGUGAAGAGAAAGAGCUGAAAGAGGACACAAAGGAGGUGUUACAGAGUAAUGAGCAAAAGGAAGAGGAAAAUUGUCCCGUGGAGCCACCACCGCCACCACAUCCAGUCACAGCCCCAGAGGAGGACCCUGUCCAGACAGAGGCCGAGGCAGAGUCUAUGGCUCCCUCCUCCUUCGCCCCUGAGGGCUUUGUGUUCCAGGCCCCCGCAGGCCUCUCAGCAUUCCAGCCUGCUCCGCUGUCCCCCAGCUCAUCCAGCGCCUCUCCUUCCCCCAGUUCUGAACCCAACCUGGAGGCCAGUCUGCCCACGGCCCCUCCUCCUGCUCCGUCUUCUCAUCCUCCCAGCAUUCCUUCCCUGCCAUCAUCUAUCCCACCUUUUUCCUCUGCCGCACCACCACCACCUCCCUGCUCUGACGCUGCUGCGACUGACUGUGGGCCUGCAGCGCCACCCUCAGUCCAACAAGAGGAACCGCACGGAGUCCCCUACUUCAGGGCAGUGAUGGUCAGUGAGACAGAGAGCUUGACCGAACUCUCACAACAGUGGGAACCUCGCUUCGAGGAGGACUCCAUCCCAGAAGAGAUGAGAGACCGUAUGCGGACAGUGGUGGGACAGGCCCGGCUCUUGAUGAAGGAGCGCUUCGGUCAGUUCAGGGGCCUGGUUGACGACUGCGAGUUUAGUCGUGGCGAGAAAAUCACCACCUGCACCGACCUCCAGGGAUUCUGGGAAAUGAUUUACUUCCAGGUGGAGGAUGUCAACAGGAAGUUUAACGCCCUGAAGGAGGCUGAGGGGCGGGGCUGGACAGAGGAGAAGAAACCAGCACCGGCACCACGACAGAAGCAGCUGGUCAAGAAACCACCUACAGCGGGCGCUGGCAGGCCCGGUGCAGGAGCUGCAGGCAACGCUGCAGCCAAGAGUCGCAUCGCCGCCAUCAAGGCAGCCAUGAAGGCCAAGCAGCAGCAGGCGGAGGCAGAAAAGGCAGCCCAGGCAGCAGCCAGUGUUCCGGAGACCACGGCAGCCUCAGAGACCCCAUCUAAACUCCAGCCCGCGGACACAAUGGUGUUCCAUGGGGGCUUCUUCAAGGUGGAGAGCCCAAUGAAGUCAGCUGGAGCUGUCAGAAGGUCGUCUCGGCUGAGUGUGGCCCCCGCCGCCUCCUUGCUCGCAACCCCCAGCAGGCUCCGGCGCUCCACCGUCCCCGUCCACGCCUCUCCUCUCACCCACGUCACUCCCGCCUCCACCCCAGCGCGUCUGCCCAAACCAUCCCCGGCCUGCACCCCCCAGCCCAGCACCCCUUCAGCCUCCUCCCACGGCACGAACCCCACGAGCCUCACCCUGAGCUUCUCCCCAGAGCGGCCAUGUCCUGCCAGCCUGUCGCGGCUCAGCCCCCAGCAGGUCGCAGACGCAGCCCCCUGCUCUUCUGAAGCAGCCCCCGCCCUCAGUCCCAGCGAGCCUCCAUGCUCCCCUCCCAGCCUGAUGGUUUCCUCCCCCUCAGUAGAGCAGCAUCUCCCCACAGUUGACUCCUACACCAGCCCAGGAGGAGCUGUGAGCAUUCCGGCAGAUGUUGACAUGAGUGCGACUCCAGAGGCGUGCUCCGAGGAUGUUCCUGGCGUGGACUUUGAGCGCUACCUCCUGACCACAGUCCGGACGAGCCUGUCUCCCAGUGGGAGCAUUCCCUCCUUCUCCCCCAUGGCAGUGGACGCUGAGAUGGAGAGCCCGGAGGUCCCGAGGCAGGACGCUCUGUUGCAGACCCCAACCGAACUGCCCAGGAUGUCACCACUGUUCACCCCACAGAUGGAACAGCCACUUGACUCAAACCUGUUGCUGUUCACCCCUGAGUUGAAGAACUGUGUGCGUCAGUCGGUGUGUGCGCAAGACCUGAUGUCCUUCACCCCACCCACCCACAAGUAGAACCACAAAAGAAAGAAACGUUUCUUUUUAUAUAUACGCUUUUUGUUCAAUAAACACUUUGUUAAAUAAACACUUUGUUUUGCA